GUGCAGACGAAAUUUACACCAGUUGUGGCUGACUUGAUGAAACUGGACGAGGCAGUAAAAGCUAUUGAGGCAACAGGAGAACAUAUAGAUUUGUUGGUAAACAAUGCUGGGCUGGUUAUUUUGAAGGAAACGAUUGAUGUCACUGAGGAAGAUAUUGACCAGUACGUCGAUUUAAGGAUGUCCUCUUUUUAAUAAGGAAGAGCUUAGUAAUGUCUUUGUUAUUAAAACUCUCUCGAAUCUUGAAGAGUCAAUCCAAAUUUUGUUUCUUUUUCAGGUCUACAAUAAUCCACGUAAAAGUUCCUAUUUGUCUAAGCCAGGUACGACAGUGUCACUGUGUCUGUGAGCAUGCAUGAUGAUAUUCGUUAUUUUAUUCAGUCGUACAAGUUAUUUUUCAAACUAUUAACAUUUUUACUUUUUAACGAAAACAAACGUUCAUGAACUAACAAUUAAACCGUUACAUGUUGUGGUUAAAAUCAUUUAUCAAAGGCCAUGUUACACUAACGUACAAAAUAAUUUUUCCUGCAACUUGCAGCAAUAUAUGUAUCAUGAACCAUGAAUCAUGAGGUCAAUAUCAAAAUUUUUGGGCAUUUCACUCGAUUGAAGGCAGAGUGUUGAAAGGAUUGUGUAGAUGGGAAUUUCAGAUGGGAAUUCCGAGUGUGAAUAUUUUUUAUAAAAUAACAUGCAUGUAACGCGUGCUCUGAUUGGUCGAAAACCGUGUUUGGAUCAGGCCAUCCAAACACGGAGUUAAAUUUAAAGUGAAAGUUUUUUAAAGUGAAAUUUUAACACGGACAGUUUUCGGCGAGUGAUUUUGCGCGCUUUUCUUAACUCGAGCAACCAUUCCCAAGUGUUUGGAUCAGGCCAUCCAAACACGGAAACCAUAAAGUAAUUGUAUAAUACAUUUAUUUUCACCUAACCACAUACGAGCAACUGCAAAAACAUUUCUUUGAGGCCAUCUUUUCCACUAGCUGGGUGACAGAUGAGGUUAGCACACUAGGUGUGGGUAACUUCUCUGUUCUUGAAAUUCAUCUAAGUAGAGUUUUCAUCUGUGCUUUAAGCUGGUUUUUCUCAGGGUCAUUAUUCCUCUUCACCUGAAAUUAACUCGUCUUAGGGCAUAGUUUUCGAGCAUUUGUACCCCAGCGUCGGGUGAAAUGGACAACAAAAAUGCAAUGGACUUAAUAAGUAAUUAUUACUUGAUUAAAUUAUUAUUGAUUUAUUUAUUAGCAUAAUUAAUGGCGAAUUAUAGAUAAACCUCGUACCCAGAGCCACUUGCAAGAGGAAAUGUGGGGUUGAAUUAUACAUGACUGGUAUAGCAAUUGAGCCACUAUGCGUACUUUAUUGUUCCACCUCGUCUAACGCCAGACGAUUUUAUUCGUCAACGGGAGAGCGCUGUCACUUAAUGGGUUAAUACUAUAGUUUUUGUUGUUUGUUUGUUUGUUUAGCUAGUCGCUCGUGAUUUAAUCAAAAGGGGAACGAGUGGUGCUAUAGUGAAUAUCUCAACAACUGUUAGCAAAAUUGCUUCUGCUGGCCGAAUGCCUUACAGUGAGUAUUUCCCUGCACUGCCACCUGCAUUUUUAGAUCAUUUUAUCGAGGUAGAUAACAGGUAGGAGUAAACCCUUUUCGAUUGAGAUCCUUCAGAUCUAUAAAGCGGAAUACCCAUGCUUUAUUCAGCUGUAUUCGUGUAUUGAUUCCCACUUAAUAAAGGUGUGUGCAUGGUCAAAGGACGUUGCUGGCCUGAUGUGGGGCGGGGAUGGCGGGGAGAGAUAUUAGGGAGCUUAAGCAUGUAGGACGGCAACACGACGACGACGGCAACUAAUACAAUGAGUCAAUGAAAAGUGAAUAAAUAAUUAAAGUCCCAGGGGAGUUUCAGACGUGGUCGUCGCUCUGUUUACAACGGCAAAUCACAGAUUUUCAUGUCUUUUAUACAACGCCUGCAUUUCAAGUCGUAACAAGUGCAACUUAAAAUUCGGUCAGUAGAACUCUUCCCAAACAUAAAGCCAAUGUUUUCAGCUUCUUAUACUGUAUUAAAUUCAUACGAAUUAUAAUAUACGACAAGUUUUCUUUACUAUCAUUUAUUUGAAGGAAUUUGUUUUGGCCGUCGUCGUCGUCGUGUGCCAUCCUACAUACUUAAGCUCCCUAAUAUAUACUCGAUAAAAGCGUGAUACAGUGCAUGAUACAGUGCGAAAAUAUUUCAAUUGUUAUAAAUUUUUUUUACAAUUUUAUAACGAAUCUUUUAUCAAUGAUUAGUACCCAGUAAAAGCUAAAUUUCAAUAGGUUUUAUCUGCUAUAUAUUUAGCUAUGACCAAAGUUGCGAUGAAUAACGCUACUAUGGCGAUGGCAGUAGAACUGGCUAAACACAAGGUUGGUUAA